AGGCAGAGGCUUAACCCAAAAGCGUAAUAGUAACCCUAGUUUAGUUUCUCUUCCUCGCGAAUUUUGUAUCCUCACGCCAGGACGUCAGCCGAGUUCUAUUCUACGGGAAGAGUCAUCUCUCUGAUCUUCGUUGUCGAUCGGAUUUCAGAAUGGCGGAUUCUCCUUCUCAAAGGAACUCACGGUCUCCAUCUCCUUGGAGAGGCCAGUCAAGGUCUAGAUCCCGGUCUAGGGCCAGGUCCAGGUCUAGAUCAUUGGACAGGCCGAAACAUAGAUCGCGCUCUCGCAGUCGUGGCAGGGUUGAGGCUGUUAAUCCAGGAAACACUCUCUAUGUGACUGGCCUCUCUACAAGGGUCACUGAUAGGGAACUCGAAGAUCAUUUUGCAAAGGAGGGAAAGGUUGCCUCAUGUUUCCUUGUUGUGGAGCCCCGUACGCGCAUUUCUCGUGGGUUUGCUUUUGUCACGAUGGACUCUGUUGAGGAUGCGAACCGUUGUGUUAAGUAUCUGAACCAGUCUGUUCUGGAAGGACGAUAUAUAACUGUGGAGAAGGUAUUGUUACAGCCUGUGUUUUCGGCUUUAAUUUAUUUUCAUUGUAUAUAUCUUUUUGACUCAAGUGUUUUCAGGUCGUACUCAGUAGACAUUGCAUCAGCUUUUUCGCAGCAAUCAAAGAUGAUCAAUUCAUCCAUGUCAACUUAGUGAAACAGCCUGAUCAUGGACAGCUGAAACAGCCGUUUUCAAAUGCUUGUGAUCAACUAACGUAGCAACUAUAUUGUUCAACACUAUACCACUUCAGCAUUCAAUUUCAACUCAACUAAUCAACGGACAUUUCCAACAACUUUCUAAUCAGGCUUUAUGUCUCGGAGGAAACGACCAAGGACUCCAACUCCAGGACAUUAUCUUGGUCUCAAGAACACAAGGGAUGAGGGACCUCGUGAUCGUGAUCGUGGUAGGUACCGAGGCGGUGGUGGAGGGGGUGGCUAUGGUUAUGAUGAUUACCGUAGGUCCCCGAGGCACGAUGACUACCGUAGGUCUCCAAGGCGGUCCCCAUAUGGAGGUGGCGGUCGUGACUAUUCUCCUCCUCCUAGGCACUCUCCUUAUGGCGGUGGGAGAUCAAGGAGGUACCGGUCAAGGUCACCUUAAACUCCCUCUCGCUCUAUUAUAUUCUCUUUAAGUUUUCAGAGAGGAUAACCAUGGAUGUAGCCAUCCAGUCCAGACCUGCGAGUUAGUGCAGAUAGGGGGAGAGGUGUCUGUACUUGUUUGAGCCGGGCUUGUAGUGAACAGGAGGAUUAGCCUUUUCAUGAUGUGGAUUUUUGUGUGUUGGUGUAACCCAAAUAUACUGUGGCUGCUGUCGUUAUGCCAAGUUGCUAGACAAGCUGCUCAACAGCUCAGCGCUUUGUCUUUCAUCAUUAGUCUGGAAGCGUAUGAUUUGUUUGGUGUGUUAGGGUCUGGGGUUGUCGUACGGAGAGUCGGGUUUGCUUAAAGCGAUCAUCAGCAUCUUGUGCCUUUGAAGGAGCCUUCUGCUUCAGUUGCUGCUCAUCUUUUACUUAAUCCAGUUUCUGGCAAUUAGAUCAUCCUAUCAAAAUCGCGAGCUGCAGUUGAAAUAGGUGGAUUCUGGUUCUGGUUCUGGAAGAAAAUCCUUCGAUCGCUCUUAGGUGUAAUGAACUGCAUACUUGGAAUCAAUUGAACUUUCGUUUAUCCUUUUGCUGUCAAACGUGUAACUAUAUAUUGCCGAAAAGAGACUAACGUUAGGUGAAUUGAACCUUGGUCUCUAGCUAGUGAC